AUGGCUUCAAAGGUCUCGUGCUUAUACAUUUUGACAGUAGUUUGCUGGGCAAGUGCUCUUUGGUACUUAAGUAUAACUCGUCCUACUUCUUCCUACACUGGCCACAGACAGCUCAGUAGCAUAUCCAUAGCCAGAAAAAAUGUUUCCUUUGGCAACAUAAGAACUCGACCUAUAAAUCCACAUUCCUUUGACUUUCUUAUCAAUGAACCCAACAAAUGUGAGAAGAGCAUCCCUUUCCUGGUCAUUCUUAUCAGCACAACUCACAAAGAGUUUGAUGCAAGGCAAGCCAUUCGAGAAACAUGGGGAGACGAAAACAACUUUAAAGGAAUUAAAAUCGCCACACUAUUUCUUCUUGGAAAAAAUGCAGAUCCUGUGUUAAAUCAAAUGGUAGAACAAGAAAGCCAAAUUUUUCAUGACAUUAUUGUGGAGGAUUUUAUCGACUCUUAUCAUAAUCUUACUCUGAAAACCUUGAUGGGGAUGAGGUGGGUAGCAACGUUUUGUUCAAAAGCAAAGUAUGUUAUGAAGACAGACAGUGAUAUUUUUGUAAAUAUGGAUAAUCUCAUUUAUAAGCUGCUCAAACCUAACACCAAGCCAAGGAGAAGGUACUUCACUGGUUACGUUAUAAACGGAGGACCAAUAAGAGAUGUUCGCAGUAAGUGGUACAUGCCAAGAGAUUUGUAUCCCGACAGCAAUUACCCGCCCUUCUGUUCAGGCACUGGCUACAUUUUUUCAGCUGACGUAGCAGAACUGAUUUACAAAACCUCCCUUCAUACCAGACUUCUUCAUCUUGAAGAUGUGUACGUUGGACUCUGUCUUCGGAAGCUGGGUAUUCACCCCUUCCAAAACAGUGGCUUCAAUCACUGGAAAAUGGCCUACAGCUUGUGCAGGUACCGCAGGGUGAUCACAGUGCACCAGAUAACACCGGAAGAAAUGCACAGAAUUUGGAAUGACAUGUCCAGCAAGAAACAUCUUAGAUGUUAAAGAUUUUUACAGAUGUAAAUAAGUUUUUUUUUAAUUUUGGUUUAGUCUGGUUAUUUUUUGACAAAGCGAUCUGCCAAUUUACAGGUUAAACUGUGGGAUAUUAACGUGAGAGGAUUUUUAAUGACCGAUUUUUCAUUCUCGUUUUGUUUACUGGUUUACAGACUUCAGGCUCUUUUCAUAAGGACGUUACACCAACUGAAAGGAUCUAGAGCCAAUCUCAGAUUUUGUAUAUUAUCCUCUAUCACACA